UAAAGAGAGAGGGAGAGAGAGAGUGAGUGCAGCCCAGCUAGUUGGAUAGAUAGACGAACUUCUCUAUGCUUAUAUCGUCUUUUUCUUUAAAUGACUAACGCUUGAAACUGGAGCAGGCCAAUGAAGGGCUAAAGUGCCGGUCGGCCUUUACGGCACUUUUGUCUGCGUCUUGGUAGAUGCUAGGACAAGCUUAGGUCGUAUAGGUUUCGUUCACUUUUUGAAUUUAGGAUAUUGCUUGCUGUCACUAACAGUUAUCAUUGAAGUUAUAAAAAAGAUAUAGGCAUUGUUCUGUUACGGAAAUGCUUCUAAAUGCUGAGGUUUGCGGUGUUGUAUUGCAAUGCCAUGCUUUCUGUUACCUGGAGCGAAAGUCCAGGUCAUUGUUUGUUGAAGAGUGUAAUGUAGUCGAUCGAUUUGGAUACUAAUAACACUACGUAGCUACUGGAUGGGAUAUGUCACUUUGUUUGUUGCGAGUGUGGCGUUGGAGGUGUCGACUGUUUCCAUUCGUAUGUUGCCAGCCGGGCGUACAGAAGACUGGCUUAGUCACUAGCGCAUCAGUGAGUCUUCCUCCAGGCAUAUGCGCCCUUUUUUAUCUGUCACUGGACACCCGGGUGCGAUACCCCUAUUCUAUUACGUUGUAAACUGAUCUUUUGUGUUUUUUGAUGUACCAGACCCGUAGGCGAAGUUCUGGGUUAGUCGCUGCAUUGGAGCAAAGUUCUCCCUGCCAUGACAGUAAGUGACGUGUAAAGUAUAGCCGUUUUUUUUCUUUCUUUAACCAGAUGAAUGUAAAAAGUUUCCAAUCCAAGACGCGUAAAAACGGAAUUUUCUGACAUUUUUUGUUUGUAGGAAACCUGGUUGGCAGCCGCAUGCCGAUAAGUAGUUGUGAUAUUCUAUCUGCCAAAGCUAAGUUUUGUAAUUGGGAGAUUUUCAGGUAGCCCCGUUUAUGGUUUGGAAGGAAAGUACUGUACAAUAAAUGUUCCGUUACGCAUGCAUACAAGCAAUGUUCAAGAGGAUAGUGUUGUUUUAGCACGUAACGGAGCAGCAUAUUAUUAGGCAUUGUGUUUUAAGAUGCUACUUAGGGACAGAGAAACUCCAUAAUUCAGAUAGAUGCAUGUUGAUUAGUAGAUUUGUCCAAUGCUUAUUUUACAGUUUGUUAUGUUUGGGUUACAUUAGAAGAAUGAAGUAUAAACUUGUCAGUAUUGCUUUCCAAUAGUGGCUGGAGACAAGUUUCUUUAUGGUUAUUCAAGAGAAAAGUCACCUUACCCUCUGUUGACAAGUGAUUAGUUUUUGCUGUAGUUCAAUUAAAUUUAGUAUUUGCUGAGCAAAAAAAUUCCUAGACUUGCCGUUUGGCUAGCUCAGUCUGACAACUUUUAGAUCACUGCUUUGCCUCUGGUCUCCCAAUGAGCAUGGGCUCUGCCAUGCGCCUCCUGUCUGGCCUUGCUCUCUUCAGGCCUGCUUUGCCUUUGAUUUUGGGCCUCUCCCUGGGAUGUAGCCUCAGCUUACUCAUGGUGUCUUGGACCCAAGGAGAUAUAGAAGAGCCCUGUAGUGAUGAACUGGUCAAUACUGCGCUGUUUGGGAGCAGUGAGAAUGAGCACAGUCUUAAAGACAACAAUGCUGCUGCACCAGGAAGUGAAGAUUUCCAGCCACGCAUUGUUCCUUACCACAGGGAUCCCAAUAAGCUUCACAAGAAGAUCUUCAGGACAAGGUACAUUCACACAGAACUGGGGAUUCGGGAACGGCUUCUUGUUGGAAUCUUAACAUCUCGUGCCAUGCUAAAUACUCUUGCAGUGGCAAUUAAUCGGACUGUGGCUCACCAUUUUCACAGAACGUUUUUCUUUACUGGUCUUCGGAGCCCCAAAGUACCCCAUGGCAUGCAAGUAGUUGUACAUGGAGACGACCGUCCUGUUUGGCUGAUGUAUGAAACUAUACGCUAUAUUCACCAGCACUUUGGCAGUGACUAUGACUGGUUUUACUUGGCUCAGGAUGACACUUACACUCAAGCUGGAAGGUUGAAUGAACUGGUGAGCCACUUAAGCAUUGGACAAGACCUUUACCUUGGCCGGGCUGAGGAGUUCAUUGGAGGGGAUGAACAUAGUCGAUACUGUCAUGGAGGUUAUGGGUACAUUAUUUCCCGCAGCUUACUUGCUCGCUUGCAGCCACAUCUUGACACAUGUCGCAAUGACAUCUUAAGUGUGAGACCAGAUGAAUGGCUUGGCCGAUGCAUUAUUGAUUUCCUGGGAUUCAGCUGUGUUGAGGUACACCAGGAAAUGCAGUAUAGAUAUUUUGAGCUUGGCAAGAAUUCAGAUCCUGAAAGAGAGGACAGCCCUGAAUUUAAGAACGCAUUUACUGUCCACCCAGUCGCUGAUCCCACACUGAUGUACAGGCUUCACAAGCGUUUCAGCGAGAUUGAACUUGAGAGAACAUAUCUGCAAAUCAAACAACUGCAGGUACAAAUUAGUAAUCUCAGUUCCUUAACUCCAGAAGGAAAGUUGGGCGCUACCUGGCCAAUCGGCAUCAACCCUCCCUUCAGGCCUAAGACCCGCUUUGAAGUGAUUAACUGGGACUACUUUACAGAAGACCACCUGUUCUCUUGUAUCGAUGGAGCUCCAAAGUGUGAACUGCGAGGAGCAGAUCGAGCCGACGUCAUUGACGUGGUUGAAACCGCCUUAGAAAGACUGAACCAGAGAUACCAGCCAUUACUGCGUUUUCGCAAACAACGGCUACUUAAUGGGUACCGUCGCUUUGAUCCCACACGAGGAAUGGAGUACACUUUGGACCUUGUCCUCGAGGCGUAUACACAAAAAGGUCACAGCCAUAUUAUCUCCAAACGUGUGGAACUGCUGAGACCACUCAGCUCAAUUGAAAUUAUUCCAAUGCCCUAUGUGACUGAAGCCACCAAAGUGCAGGUUAUUUUGCCAGUAAUUGCCCAGGAUCAAGACUAUGUUGGCAAUUUUCUUGACAUGUAUGUGAUGAAUGCACUGGAUACCCAUGAUAAUGUUGUUCUCACAUUUCUUUUCAUUUAUGACCCUUUUGAUGCCCAAAGAGUCAGCCAGAAUGAUGUGUUUUCAGGUGUGAAGUCCAUGAUUAGUGAAGUUGAAAAGAGAUACGCAGAUAUUAAGAUACCGUGGAUAAGUGUCAAAACCGAGGUGCCUUCUCAGGUCAAACUUAUGGACAUUAUCUCCAAAAAGCAUCCUGUUGACACUCUGUUUUUUGUUGCCAGUGUUUGGACAGAAGUCAACACCGACUUCCUCAAUCGUUGUAGGAUGAAUGCUAUCAGCAACUGGCAGGUCUUCUUCCCCAUUCACUUCCAGGAGUACAAUCCAGCCAUCAUGUACCGGGACCAGCAGCCCUCUGCAGCCACCUCCUCCUCCGAAUCUCUACGGGAUGGUCAUUUUGACCGAAACGUGUUUGAUGAAGCCUGCUUUUAUAAUGCUGACUACAUGACCGCUCGCACAAAAAUGGCAGCUGAUUUACUGGACAAUGAUGAGAUGCUAGAAAGCAUGGAUGUUUAUGACAUUUUUGUACGAUAUUCUGGACUUCAUGUUUUUCGUGCUGUUGAGCCAGCACUAAUGCAAAAAUAUGUGCGGCGGGCCUGCAACCCUCGCUUCAGCGAAGACAUUUAUCACCGUUGUGUACUGAGCAAUCUGGAAGGUCUUGCAUCUAGAACACAUCUGGGUUCAGCUUUAUUUGAACAGGAACAAGCCAACAGCACUUGAGUGUACUGCGAGCUAAGCCCUAAAUGGCCAUUUUGAAACGGCACUUGCUAGCUUCAGCUAUUAGAACACAAGGACAGCUCAUUGAUUUCAUUUUCUUGGACAUUCAGUUACACUUCACACUCCUCAUGCCAGUCUUCCCAGGGUAUUAUAAAUUGCUGCAUUUCAAAACAAGAGGCUGGCUGUCAUUCAAAGUGAGAUGAUGAUGCUUCAGAUGUGUGGAUGUCCAGUUUGCUUAAUGACCAUUAUCGUCUACGCUCUUGGGCCUCAUCCCUUCUAGCUCGUUCUUUCAUGUCUUAAUUGAAACAAUUUGUUCCUCCCCAUUUUUGUACAAAAGGGCUGCCUCUCGUUUAGUUAUUUAAUUUUCAUCUCCGCCGCUGAUCUUUUCCAGUCCAAGUCAAUCAGAGUCCCUAAGAAUUUCUAAGGGCUGGGUCAUUGCAAGGGUGACAUUUCCCAUUGUCUGAAUUGCUGUUUCAAAUGGAGUGUUUAGGACAAAGUAAAAAGAAAAUGAGCAAGCAGACACGUCACUCCAAAGUGCUUAAUGGUUUCCUAGUGGUUGCUGUUUGGCGGUUUUUCUUCCUGUAAAUCCAUUAAGGUGCAUGUGGGGCAUUUGGUGGAGAGGCCUGAUAAACUCACUGCAUGACACCCUGCUGCUAUGAAUGACUGGAAAAGGUCGGUGGCUGAGCCAGCUGGACAGGCGUACACCGUCUCGUGAGGUUUAAUGUGUGAGGCCUGACUUUUAAAGGCACCGUACUGGGCUCGGGAAUGAUUUAACUUUCUAAAAACUUGCAUCUUCUGUGGGUCUUUAUUUUAAUCUUCUACUAAAAAUGUGUCUUAAAGUCUGGAACCCCUUAGAGUUCAUGUUGUGUUUGUUCUGUGACUGACUUCCAAAAACUUGAAACUAACACUCGGUUGACUGGCAUGAGGGAGAAGCAGGGUGGUAGUUCAAGAUGGUUACUUUGCUUUGUGUCUUCAAGAUGAGACGUUUUUGGCCACCAUCACAAAUGAAUCAUCUCGACUCUGUAUGGGCAGAGCAGAAGCAAUAAGUUAUAAAGUGCAGGACUUGACUUUUCUCCUGACUUUUCAGGAAUUUCAAUAUUUGGUCUGCAGUAAUCUUCUCCAGGAGCACAGUUUAUUCACUGAUGCAGCCUGACUCGGUUUCUUGGCCUCAUUUUUGUUUCUGCAUUUACCUUCAUUUUGGGUGGUUUGCUUUUUUUUUUUUUGUUUGUUCCUUUGCUGCUUGCUUUGUGAGUUCUUUAAUUUCGAAUGGGGGGCAAACAGCUUUGAAAAACGGCGAAUUGGUGACACCAUUUUAUAUAUGGACAGUUACGCUCGAUUGAUCAAUCAAAUAUUAUAAAGGAAAAAAACAUUUGGGGUCAGAGUGUGUUACAUAAAAGGCUUUGGCUUCCCAGCAGCGCACCUUCCUCGCCCCUGAUGACUGUAGCUCUAGGCCAAGGGUUUCUCUGCAUUUUCAAAAUUUUGCUCUUGCAGUAAACGAGCUCCGAGACAUGCGACCCCCCAUCUCGGUGACACGUGCAUGUGGAACGCUCUUCUGCAAGUUCUAACCAACCCGUCCGGCGUGCUGGGGAUGGUCCGUUUAUUUGGGGGUGUCACUCGGUGGGUUCACAGUUCUGACAUGUAAGUGGAAGGGGAGUGCAGGCAAAGCUUAGUAGCUGUAAGAAUUCUAGCAGGUGACUUUUUACAACUAACAGUAUUGUAUUAGGACUGAAAAUAAAAAAGUGUGUCGAGCA